UCAGUGCCCAUGAGUGAUAUAUGGUCUGCCCUAAGCUACCAGAACCAAGGGCUCAAGAAAAUGUUACCUGUGAUUGCCCUUGUGCAUCCACUGAAUCCCGUGGUCCUGUUUUUACUUCAUGAAAGCAGAAUGUUCUCCAUUGACAUGCUUGACCUCAAAGUUCUUCAAUCUCAGAAUGUCGAUGUUGAGUUUCCAAUUGCAACUGACAUCUGCUCCCAUUUCUUUCAUGCCUGGAGGCAACAGAUAGUACCAGUAGAUGCAAUUCAGCAGCCACGCCCUCCUAACUGGGUCAUGCUUGCCGCUCUGCCGCGGGUGGAACCUAGCAACCAGUUUCGGAAGGGACAGGAUGCGGCGUGCACAUUUGAGAUACCACCAAUAGUGACCAUUCCUGUCAUCUCAAGGCGAGUAUGCAUCAUGCCACCCACCAUUGAUUGUCCAGUGAUCAUUUGUACCACACCAGCAGGAGUACUUUUGCUGUUAGGCUCCCAUCGUCUUCCAAAAGGGAAAGCAGAAAUCAAAGGCUCAGAAAUCAUAGUCACUAUGGAUACAGAGCCGAGGCAAUGGUUUCAUUUGUGCAACAUAUACAAGGAGGAUUCUGUAUUACUCCCGUCCACAAAGCACACAAUUGACAUAAAUCUUGUGGGGAUUCUGACGCAUCGUCUUGAUUCAAGUCGUCUCAUCGUGGCCGAGCUUCUGCUGCCCCAAGUUCUAAGUUCUGAGCCGCCAGCCCUCUUCUGCAUUGACACUGGUUGUAGACAGUGGCUCACCAAGACGUUGGAUUAUUCUCACGCCCAUAAGACACGAUGGCCGUGGAACUGUAACAGCGUGGUUGUUUAUGAUGGUGAGCUAUGGUGGUUUGUUCCUAAUCAUGGCUUGUUCCAUUGCAAUCCAUUCCUGACCAAGCCGCAUUUGAAGCAUACCGUGAUACCGAUAGUUCUAACUGUGUCAUUUGCGGAUUAUGCCAUUGAGAAAGAACAAUGUGGGAGGGUCAGCGCUGGGAAGUUGAGAUAUCUGGUGGUCCACGGCCCUCACGAGUCUCCUGUUGUUACAAUGUACACAUUGGAGAUCGAUGAGGAUGGGGAUGAAGACUGGAAAGAGCUGUACGAAUUGGAAUUUUCGUUGAGUAUCUUCAUCAAUGACAGCUAUAUAGCCCACAAUCUCCUGAAGAUGAAGCCCGUAAUUUCUCUAAUUGAUCCCAUAUAUCCCCACAUAGUCUAUUUUUGUCAAGACAAGAGAAUUUUCUCCAUCGACUUUGAUCUGGGGGUUGUGUUAAGUUGUCAACCUCUAGAGAUAUUGGACUGUGGCGGUAACUGGGACAGUCACGUGAUCGAGGGACGUUACGCCGACGUGCAAUGGUCAAAGUACUUCCAUGCCUGGGAGUUGCCAUCAACACAUUGCCUCAUGGCGCAUGGACUCAAGAAUCUAUGUACAGAGUGAAAGCGGGGAAAAUACAAGUGAGGAUGAUCGUGAAUGCAAGGCUUUCUGUGCUUUUUGUCAUUGUUUUGGUCACAACAGUGCAACGUUCAGUUCCCUGCUGCGCUGUGUGUAAUUGAGCAAAUCACUACUUGUCGUGCUAGAUUUUGCUUUUUUUUCAGGCGACGAAAUACUGAAUGUUGCCAACAUUGACAGUCCUCUCAGCAAAA